UUCUUCUCCCAAACAUUCCGUAACCGGAAAAUCCAAACCUCCAUUGACGACCAAUUUCUAAACAGAGACAGAGAGACAUAGAAAGAUGAUGAUAAACGUCGUCGCACUGAGCCUGGUUCUGAGUUCACUCCUAACAUCCUGUGUUUUCUCUCCCACUCAAGAAACUCACACUCCAAAACAAGACGACGUCGUAAUAGUGAAAGAAGGCCACAGGGCAGUAAUAGUCGAGUACGAGAAAGAAGGAACAGACGGGAACACAAAAGUCUCAAUCUCGCCCAAACCCAUUUCAGGAGAAGAGGAGUUGUCCACUGCGGUGGCUGAGGCGUCCACUGCCAAAGAUGCAGCGGAGGAGGCCAAAGAGGAGGUGAAAGAAAGAGGUCGUGGUCCGCGAGAGCUCGCUUGCGAUGCGUUUGGUAAGUGCGAGCACAGGAUUGCGAGUGUGAUACGGAAGGCCAAAGAGAAGGUUACCGAGAAAGUGUAUGCGGUGGAGGAAGGAGCGAAGGAGGCUGUUGGUGAGGUGGUUGGGAAAGCGAAGGAGACUCUCUCUCAUGCUACCGGCGACGUCUCCGAAAUCGCGAAAGAUACCGCAAAAAAAGCCAAGACAGUGGGCAAGGAUGUGCAAAGAAAUGUAUCAGCGAAGAUCGAGUCUGCAAAGGAAAAGACCAAGGAGAAUGCAGAAAAGGGGAAAGAAAUGGCGGAGCAAGCGGCAGAGAGAGCAAGGACUGGCGGGAAUCGCGUGAAGGAGGGAGGAGAAAAGGUGUUCAAAGAAAUUCUACGUCGGGGUCGAGACGUGGCGGCGGCAAUGGAUUGGGUGGUGGGUGUGGUUCAUUUGUUGGGGUUCUCAACAGCUUAUGGGAUAUGUUUGUGGGUUACCUUUGUUUCAGGCUAUGUAUUGGCAGGGACCUUGCCGAGGCAGCAAUUUGCGAUGGUGCAAAGCAGGAUCUAUCCUGUUUAUUUCAGAGUCACGGCAAUUAGUGUUUGUGUUGCUUUGGUUGGGCAUUUGUUGGGCCGGAGGGGGAAGUUGUUUACAAGCAAGGGUGAGAUGCUUCAAGGGUUUCAUCUUUUGGCCUCACUUUUGAUGAUUCUAAUCAAUUCCUUCUACUUGGAACCCAGAGCGACGAAGGUGGUGUUCGAGAAGAUGAAGUUCGAGAAGGAAGAAGGGAGAGUAAGAGUGGACCCGGUUUCCGUCAUUCCAGCCACUCCGGCAAGAGGUACUACUACUACUACUACUACUGCAGAACCCAUCUUAACUCCACCUGCUUCUAUUCCAGCAAGGCCGGAUCAAGAUAAAGUGAAGUCUCGAAUUGUCAAGUUGAACGAGAGGCUGAAGAAACUGAACACCGUUUCAUCUAUGUUGAACAUCUUCACGCUUGUGGCUCUUACUUGCCAUCUUGUCUACCUUGGCCAACGCCUUCACUUGUCUUGCUAAUUCUGGCGCAAUUUCUGAGUUGAGGCCUUGAGGAAAUGCCCUAAUCUUCUUUGGAAGAGGUAGAUGAUGUAUAUGUAUCCCUUUGUACGACACUUGAGUAGUGUGGUUAGAUGUUGUAGUUAGAAUUGUUUGCGAAAUCCUUAGGAAUGAGAGGUGUGCUUUGUCAAAACGAAAUAUAGUGCAUAUUCUCCUUUGCUGCAUCCUGCUAAAGGAAAGAGCUGACCCUUGGGUAAACCUGUUACCGACGAAUAGAUACAAGAUGGAUGGGUGAGAUACUGACGAAGUUAUUUCCAAAUCACGCCUUGCGUACAAAUAUCAUUCAAACAGAAAAAAUACCACAAAAGGUACAUCAUUUGUAUUGCUACUAGUUUUCUCCAAAGCAAGCCUUGGGUACAAUUUGAUGAUAUCGUAACACAGUUUCCAAAUGAAAGGUACACCGUCGCUACUUGGAUCAAAGUGAAAAUUAUACCAGAGCUAUCCUCUAAUACUAAUAGGAACUUCAUAAACAAUCCCUCCAAGAAUCUCACCUCUGAUGAGUGAAUUCAAGCACAAGCAGUCUCACAUCCAAAAUGUAGUCUCCCAAAAAAUCAGCUUUUGUAAAAUUUUAUGAUCCAAAAGCAGCAGCAGUGGCACAGCUUUUUAAGUGCCAAGUCUAAGAUCAAGUCACAAAAGCUACCGCCAGCACGCCCAUAAUAGUAGAACUAUAACUGUCAACAGGCUCAGAAUAGCUCCGCCCAGAAGAGCCCAGUCGAACAGAGCCCAGUCUCGCGUCCUUCCACUAUCCAAUUCGUGAUUUUCCUUAGGUUCCGAGAUAAUACCAUUUUCCAUCCUCUUUUGGUUUCUCCGCUUCCUUAGCAACCAUCUAAUAACGUUUCGGUUCGUUCGCUCUUCUGUCCACAUAAUUUCAUUCUUCGGAAGGGAAACAAUAGCUUCAUCCCCAUUACUUGGCAUUUCACAAGCACAAGGUUGGGGCUCUUUUGCACAUGCACAAGUUUCAUCAGGAUCAGGGCAAGGUUUACAUUUGUUGCCAGUGGACUCUCUCUCUCUUGAUCCAGGGUUACCUUUUGUUUGUGUGAGAAUUUCGAUCACUUCCCCAAACACUGACCAUCUUCCGACUGAUGUUAUCUUCACGAUAGCUGAAGUCCCCAACAUGGUUUCCGGACCAACUACCAGUACCUGCACAUACCCUUUGGUGUGGCCCACCUGGAGCAAGGAACACAAAACCACAUACAAAAGCAUGAGUCGACAGGAAAAAUAAAUGCAAAUUGAACUAUGGCAUGUAUUGUAAUGGUGCUUGAACAGGCCUUUUAUGACUUUAAAACAACUCCCAUUUCAUAGUCUUAGGGCCUGUUUGAUUCAAGAACAAAAGCAUGGGAUUCAAUCAUAAUUCCAGCGUGGACAACAUAUGUGGUGGUUGGAUGUGUUAUAGCUGGUUGAGGGAUUAAGAAUUUCAUUGGACAACCAAACCCACAAAACGGACAUAAUGAAUAGGUGUGUGGUAUUGGUAAUCCAGCCAUAGUGGUCAGCCAUCCUCUACAAUUUUGCUUUCAAGUACAUAGAUUUCACUGUUACAGUUGUGCUUGAUGCGAAAGGCAAGUAACAAAAUUGCCAUCCAAAGAUCACCUCAACUGCUAUGCAAAAUGGAAAGGUUUAGACAAUCAUCCUACCACAAAGUCCAACACAACCUUACCAAGUGUUUUCCAUCAGUGGCAAUUUCAGUGAUCCAUAUUCUCUCUACUUUGCCUUCCAUGCCAUUGUAAGGUCUGAACGAUUCGAAAACAGAAGUUAAUUCCCGACUCCGUUUCUUCACUAGAGUGCUUGGGACCUUCUUCAUCCUCGCAGCAGGGGUUCCUGUAUUCAGAAAUGAGCUUAAGAAUAAGAACCACAUUUUAUUGAUAACGCAGUGGUCAGUAUUUCCUCUCCGCACACUAACACCAACUCAACACACCCGUUGACAAGAAGAUCCUCUUUUUGGAACCCUUUAAGAUCAAGGUUGAAGGUUCUCAAACAUUAAGUGCGUGCUCAGUAGUCACAAAAGGUGUUUGGUUACAUCAAUAGCUUUGCUUCCUCUCUGAUGGCUAACCUCUGAUUAUUGCAAUAGAUGAUUAUUAGAAUGGAUGACAUCAAUAAUCAUACUAGCUAGAAUGAACAAGUUUCCUGGCAGUUAUUAAGGAAUGCUUGAGGACUCAACAGCAGCAUACCGGGACGGGGAUAGAACUGUGAUAUAUGAACUUGAGAAAACUUGUAAUCGUCAAUCAGGCUCACAGUCUCAGCGAAAUCUUCAUCAGCUUCACCUGAGUCACGGAAAAAAAAAAAUCAUAUUCAAUUAACUAUCAACUCACAACUAAGGACCAUUCGGUAUUUUGUUCACAGUUUUUAUUGUUUUUAAUUUUCUGUAAACAGCUUCAUAAAACUUCUUUGUAAGUACUUUUUUCCCGUCUACUGUGAGCAUUUGCAAAAUUUUCAAAAAUUCGUGUUUAAAAAACAUCUAACGGCAGUAUACGGUUACUCCAGCAUGGCUAGACGGUAUUCAAUAUUCAGAAGCAGAGAAACAUGAAGGAGGCUUUGGUGGGGAGGAAGUGUAUGUACCUGGCGAGAACAUAGAAUAUGAGUUUUAUUGGAGAAUACAAAAGUUUGAAGUGGUUAAAGCUUUGAAAAUGAUGAAACUGGGUAAGGUCUUAAGACCAGAUGGUAUCCCUAUUAGUAGAGAU